AAUUUUUUUAAAUUGAUGAGUGUACCAUAUAACCAUAAAAUAUUUGAUUCAAGUUUAUUCGGUGGUAUUCCAAGCAUUCAGGAUAUAAUUAUGUAUUCCCAAAAUAAAACUGAUAACAUAUUAAAUGAAAUUAAAAUUACGGACGAACAGCACAUGGAGAAUACGUCUUUUACUGCCAGAACAACAACCAAAACAACAUCUAAAAUAACAACAAAAACAUCAAUUAAAAAGAAGGAUGCCAAACACUCUUUUGUUAAGUUAUCGGAUGGUGGAAACUUGGGAACUAGUAUUACCAAUGAGAAUGAAUUACCUAAUUCUAUAAAAAAGAAAGAAAACAUGUUUGUAACUUUAAAAGAAACAGAGGAAAAUUUUUUCUCAGAACAUGAGGCUAUGACUAACACAAAAAGCUUUGAAAGAAAUGAUUCUGAAAUGGACGGAAUUCAAUUGGACUCAAUCGAAAAGGACGAUGUUGUAACUUUAAACAAAAAACCAAAAUUAAAAAAAAACAAGAAAACUAGUUUGGAUAAACAGAACAUUUCAAUGAAAUCUAGCUUUACAAAAUUUGAUGCUCUCCAGAAACGGAAUCUUACUAAUAAUUUGGACAAUGAAAAUGAAUCCACCUGUCACAUUUGCCAAAAGCCAGUAUAUAAAAUGGAGGAAAUCAAAGCGGAAAAAUUUAAAUAUCAUAAAACUUGUUUUAGAUGUACUGAAUGUAACAAACAAUUGAAAGUGGAUAACUAUCAAAGUCACGAAGGGGCGCCAUUUUGCAUAGUGCAUUUUAAGCAACUUUUUUCUCCGAAAUGCGUUGAAGAUAAUGAACCUACUCAAGCACAAAAACCGGAAUUAAUUAUUAGAGAGAAUCAACCUGAACAAUUACCCUCAGAUGUAGUAAAAGCAUCUAUAAAGUCAGAUCUUGGUUUGGAAGAGUUACAGCAAUUAAAUCUUCGAGCUAAAUUUCAAGUAUUUGAAAACAAUAAUCAGCAACAAAAACUCACAGAUAAUAAAAAAGAACAGAAUAACGUAGUCAAGAGCAGUCGAUCAAUUUCCGAAAGAAAGGCCCAACUGCAAGAAAAUAACUUAGCUGUAAGCGAAGGAUAUGUUACCGAGAGCUAUAAGGACUCUGGUUCUGAUCACAAUAGCGAUGAUGACGAUUUUACUGACUUAAAGGACGGAUAUUCUCAUGAACAACUUAGUUGUAAUGGAAAAGCUCUGUCAGCAUUGAAGAAGAAUUUUGAAAGCGGUUCUAAAUUGUCUAAAGAAGAACGUAGGGAAGAAAGAAAACAAGAAAUACAAAACAUAAGAUCGCGUUUGUUUAUGGGUAAACAAGCCCGAAUCAAGGAAAUGUAUCAACAAGCAGUAGCAGAGUCAGAAAAAGCUAUAUUAUCAAUCAAUAAAAAGCCAGAUCUUGAUAUAGGUGGUAAUGCUCAUAUUUUAAAGGAGCUUUUUGAAAAAGGUGAACUUCUUAAUGGCACUGACUUAGAGGAUGAUGAAGAUGGCAAAACAGUGCGCCUAAAUACGUUGCAAAGUGAAGCAGAUGUUUUUGAAUCAGCUAUAAGCAAAAAAUCUCGCGACAUGUUUAUGGAACUUGCUGCAAAUGUUGAAAACACAAAACGGAUGCCUGAUAAUAUACAGUCAAACUCAAAUGAUUUAAAACGUUCAUUGAGUAAAGUCGAUAAAAACACUAAAGAAGAUUCAACUUCAAUUAUAAAAUGUGAUGAAAAAUUGGAAGAAGUUAAAAUUAAAACAUCUGACCUUAGUGAAAAAUUUAAAUUUUUUGAAACAUAUCAACCAGAAGUCCUCGAGAAGAAAAUGUUUCGAAUAACGCCUCCAAGGGAAGAUUUAAAAUCUUCCUCGCAGGAUUCAUGCAAUAAGGAAAAUAUAAAUGAAUUAGAUUCAAAUCCAAAUGAAAUAUCGCGUACUACUAGCAUGAUGAUAAAUAGAUUCCGAGAAAUGGAAAAAACCAAAACGAAGGACACUCCUUACUGCCCAAAACCUUUAAAAUGCUUUACACCGCCACGAGAUUGUGAAAUGAAUACGACUCAAAAUCCAGAAUAUGAAGACGAUAGUGACGAUGACGAAAUAAACGAACAGGAUGACAAUUAUGAAGAACAUCCCCAUUUUAGACAUAUGGAGGAUGAAGACUUGAAAAAGGCUCAAGUCGCAGCUCGCGCCAAACUGCUGCGUGAAAAGUUUGAAAAGUGGGAUGCAAAUGAAAUACAGCGAGAACUUAAUGACGAACUUGUUGAUAUAUAUUCAGAAAAAGUAUCCGACGAUUCAACCAUCGAAUCCACAAAAACAAUUCGAGAUCGUUUUGAAAAUAUGAAUAACAAUGAGAAUCAACCGUCCUUAAAGCAGAGAUAUCAAGUUAACCGAUUUGUUUAAAUCAUGUUAAAUGCCAAAGGUUAUUGAUCCGGAGAUUUGUAAGAACCGUACUAUAAUUGGCACAUGCAGAACACAAACCAGAUAGCUUGGACGAACAAAAUGCUACCAUGAAUGAUGGAAUCAACUUUCCUUGUAGACAAUUUUGCACAAACUUUUCAGUAUCAUAUUAGGCAUCUUUACUUAUAUAUAUAUAAACGUCAUAAUUAAUAUAUUGUAAAUAU